GUGUCUUUUGGACAGAAUGAGAGAGAGAGAGAGAGAGAAGAAAAAAAGACUAGUGAGAGAGGCAAAGUGUGAGAAGAGAACAACUUAGCAAGAGACAGGCAGAGUUGAGAACAGUGGUGGUAUUUUUAUUCUGACCACAGAAACCUGUUGACAAGCUUCCGUGACGACAGCCCAUCUAGUGCUUCUGCACUCAGGUUCCUCAAAACUUAGGCAACUUCUCAGCUGAAGGGAGCGAUGACAGACAAGGUGAGUGAAUGAGAAAGAAAGAGAGAGUGAGAGAAGAAUACAGCGAAGAGGGUGAGAAGUUGAAGAGCAAGACAGAGACAGAGUGUACAAGCCAUUGGAGCCUUCAAAGCCAUAUGACAUGACAGAGGGCACUGCUGGGGGACUUGCCACACCAUGGAACUCCAAGCUCAGCUCCUGAGGAGCUUCCUGGACCAGUUUGCCAUCAAAGAGGCCACAUCGGCUCAUGAAGAUGGUGCCUAUGCUGUUGAGUUCUUGAAAUUGAAAAGGCAGUCCACCAAAUACCGCACAGAGAAGACCUUCUCCACCAAGGCAGCUGAGAGGCAGGAGAAUGUGAAGAAGAACAGAUAUAAGGACAUUGUUCCAUUUGACCACAGCAGAGUGAAGCUCUCACUGAACAUUUCCAAAAAUGACACGGACUACAUCAAUGCCAAUUUCAUCCGGGGAAUUUGGGGGCCAUUGGAGUAUAUUGCCACUCAAGGCCCACUGACAAACACAGUCGUGGACUUCUGGAGGAUGCUUUGGGAAUACAAUGUGCAGGUCAUUGUGAUGGCUUGCAGGGAAUUUGAAAUGGGAAGGAAAAAGUGUGAGCGCUACUGGCCUGAAACUAUGGUGAAUGUGUUUGAAAGUGGACCUUUUACGAUAUACUGUGAAUCGGAAGAGAACAAGGGAGACUAUUUGAUAAGGAUCCUGAAGGUGACUUUUAAUAAUUCGUCUCGCACACUGAAGCAGCUGCAUUAUAUGAACUGGCCUGAUCACGGUGUACCAGACUCCAUCCCCCCCAUUCUGGAGAUGCUGCAGGAUAUGCGUAUGUUCCAGGAGCAGGACGAUGCGCCCAUCUGUAUCCACUGCAGUGCUGGCUGUGGAAGGACAGGGGCAUUGUGUGUCAUUGACUACACUUGGAACCUAUUGAAAAAACAAAUGAUACCUGAGGACUUCAGCAUCUAUGACCUGGUUCGAGACAUGAGAACACAGAGGCCUUCCAUAGUCCAGACUAAGGAGCAGUAUGAACUGGUGUACAGAUCAAUUAAAUUCCUGUUUGAGAAGCAUCUGCAGAUGAUGGCAUCAAACUCAAAGAAAAAUGAGGUCGUAGCUGCACCUCCACCCAUCCCUGUAGACACUGACAGUGAGGUUUCAGACUUUGAGUCUGAGGAUGAGCAUGUCGAAAAGAAUAGACUGCAUCCAUCCUAUAACCUCAGGUGUCCUGAAAAGGAAGCUCCUAGAGAAUUUUCCAACCAUGUUUCAUCAAGUGCAAUCUUGCAGCCAAUGGCACCUCAUUUCCAAACUUCCAGUGCACCACGUACACCAGCAGACAUGAUAAAUGACAUGAAGAACUGGGCCAAGUCUAAAAUUUCCCCAAGGGCUACUGCCACAGCAAGUCAACUGCAGAAGACAGAUCUUGGAUAUCAAAAGUCCCAGAUAGCUAAACCUCCUUUACUUCAGGAAACAGAUUUUGGACACCAGAAAUCCCAGAUAUGUGAGCCUCCUCCACUGCAGCCAACAGAUUGUGGAUACCAAAAGUCCCAGAUGCUUGACCCUCCUCCACUGCAGCCAACAGAUUUUGGAUACAGAAAAUCCCAGAUGUUCGAACCUCCUCCACUGCAGCCAACAAAUCUUGGAUACCGAAAGUCCCAGAUACUCGAACCUCCUCUAGUGCAACCAACAGAUCUUGGAAACCAAAAGUCCCAGUUACUCGAACCUUCUCCACUGCAGCCAACAGAUCUUGGAAACCGAAAGUCCCAGAUACUCGAACCUCCUCCGGUGCAGCCAACAGAUCUUGGAAACCCAAAGGCCCAGAUACCUAAACCUCCUCGACUUCAGAAAACAGAUCCUGGAUGCCAAAAGUCCCAGACACUUGAACUUCCUCUGCUUCAGGAAAUGGUUCUUGGAUACCAGAAAUCACAGAUAACUGAACCUCCUCUGCUUCAGCAAACAGAUAUUGGAUGCCAAAAAUCUCAGAUACUUGAACUUCCACCAAUUCAGCAAACAGAUCAUGGACAUCUAAAGUCCCAGAUACCAAAACCUCCUCGACCUCAGAAGCUCCAAAUACCUGAAAGUGCUACAACAACCCAAACCCAACACACUGACGUUCUGAAAUCCAAUAAUCCCAUCAGACCAACACCAGUACAGGAGUCCAGCCCACAUCAGAUACAUCAGGCAGAAAUAAACAAUGAUGGUCCCCCUAACCAGGCUCCCUCCAUUUGUCUUACAGUGGAGGAUCCAUAUUUUGGCCCAGAUUCUCCCAUGUCCCCUGGGUCUAUAGAAUGUAGAAAAGCAGUACCCCUCAACAAGAAGAACCCUUGUUUCACUGAACCCAUGUUGGCUCUUGAAACUCAGAGUAUUGAAUGGCCACUGCAGGACGUAUGGACAGAUGUGACUACACCCAUAUCUGAUGAGGACAGUCCUCCUCCUCUACCGGAGAGAACACCAGAAUCCUACAUUAUGGCUGACGAAGUGAUUCCACAACCUCCACAAAUUCUCGCUCCUACUCUUCUUCAAUGCACAACUGAUUCAUCUCUGUUGAAUGCCACAGAUACGGGCGAUGUAGGUGAUAAGAGUGAUAUGGGCAAUAUGGGUGAUAGAGGCAUCGAUCAGAGCUUGAUGUUGGUCAUCGAACCUCAUACUGAUUCUGAAACAAUCACCGCAGGAAACCCUCCUUCUCCGAUACCUCCUUUGCCAGAAAGAACUCCAGAAUCCUUUGUAAUGGCUAAUGAUGAAGAUUUAUUACGGAAUGCAGUACAAGAAAAGCCCCAGGAAACUGUGCUCAGGGUCGGGAAAUCCUCUGAAUGGUCUGGGAAUUCAAAUCCAGAUGCACCAGACUUUAAGAGAUCCUGGUCCAGGAGCAAGAGUUUAAGAGCUAGACUGUCACUUAAUGUUCCAGUUAACAUCCAGUCUUUUGCUCCACUUCACGUACCUUCACAAGAACCUUCAAAGAGUCUCACUCCUCCUCUCCCUGAACGCACACCUGAUUCUUUUCUAAUGAAUGAGAAACGGGCUUCUCUCAUUCCUCCACUCCCUAUAAGAACCCCAGAAUCUUACAUCGUAGUCACAGGAGAAGCUCAGAGCAACAGCGCCCCCUCUCAGUCUGAUACAGUCCAGCAAAGUCAGAGACUGGGACUGUCAUCUGAGUGGGCAGGAAACUCCCAACCCAGGACAUCUCUAGAGGUGAUAACCAGAAGCAAGAGUGUUAAAGUGAAAAGUUCAAAACAAGAGCGUUUAUCUGUGGUUCCUCAGCCUGAUCCAGAUGGUGGGGCGACAGCAGAGCCUGUAUUGUCUAGAGCAGAAGACCAGACAUCAGUGGACCGCAGACACCCUGCAGUGGAGCAGCCUGAGAGGACAUCACUAACCAAAAAAUCCAGGACCAAGAGUUUGAAGUUGUGGAAAGGAAAACAGAAAACAAAAGAGGCUCCUGUGUCUGCUCCUGUUCCUUCAAACCAUGGCGGUACUGCAGGAUUCCUAUUUAGUUUUGGAACACGUUUUGGGAAGCCCAAAGGACCGAGGAACCACCCAGAAACAUGGGUGUAAUUUAGACAGUACAGGAAGUGCCUCACGGUCAGAGUGUGUAGUGAUGGAGGAACUGCCUGCCCACAUCAGGUUCCCAUUUGAUAAAAAAAAAAGACUGAUAUCCAAGAAGACAAAUGAAGGAAGAAGAGUCCUUAAUGAAUGGAGCUCAGUCGCUACAAGUGUCAAUAACUCAGGCGCUUGCUGAAAGAAAAUAAUGUCUCAAAAUCACUGUAUUUAUUAUAUAGUGGCCUUUUUGGGUUCAGGUGAAAUUGUGGUAAAGUUUGACAUUUUCUACUAUAAAUAGUACUGAAAGCUAAACGAAAGGCUUCCAUGAACUGAAAUACUUUGCUCUUUGGAAUGUCUCUCAAGCAAGUUGUAGUAUUUUAGUGUAUCUUUUAAAAGUGAAAUUUUAGACUUGAAGAUUCUCAGUGCCUCAGUAGUUGCCACCAUGGACCGCAGGACCGGUAGUGCCCGAGCCCGACUUUCUUUUGAACAUCAAACAUGUCAAAAAUUCGAAUCCAUGUGCAGCUCCAUAUCAUACACUGCCUCCCUGUGUGCCCCCACAUAGCCUAUCAGAAAGCAGUGAAUUCUGCUUGGCUGGUGGUGGUGGAUUGAGCUGUCUCUGAAGGCAGAUCUCAUCACUGGAAAAGUGACUGGCUACUUAUGUGUUUUUCGGUGACUGACCAGACCAAUGUGAGACAGCCAAAUACUCCUGCAGUCACCGCACUUCCAUUGUACCACCAUGGUUCCAGUAGGUUGUGACUGGAUGAGAUCCUUUCGGUGCUGACGUUUAUCCUUCUUCUGUUGGAUGCGGUUUUCCUUGAAGGCAGACAGUCCCUUAGCACAGAGUUUACACCAUGUACUUCUGUUUCCAAUACCGUGAGCUGGCCUAGUGGUUAGCGUGUCCGUGUCUCAACCAGGAGAUCGUGAGUUCUACUCGUGAUCGGGUCAUACCAAAGACCAUCAUAAAAAUGAUACCUACUGCCAUCUAGCAAGGCACACUGCAGUACAGAUGCAAGUAGGGAAGUCAAACUCUCGCGGUUACCAGAGGACUAGCCCCCCACCGUAACCCUAGCUGUAUAGGCAAGAGGCCGAGGGCUAUGGAAACGGAGAUUGGCACCGCACCCAUGUGCCUCAAAGAACUGGGAUAGGAGACUGCCUGGAAAGACCAGAUCCUGGUGUGGAAGGGACUUGACUUCUGUUUCCAGCUGAAGCCUCCUAUGUGUCUGGAUUUAUGGUACAAGAUUUCAAACUUGCUUUUAAAAUGUCUGUAUAUCUUUUCCUUUGUCCGCCCCCGUUUCUCUGACCCUCCUUCAAUUCACCAAAAGGAGAAGUCUUGGGAUUCGCGUGUCUUCCAUGUGGACAGUGUGUCUUGCCCACUUGAGCUGAGAUUGGACGUUUAACAUAACGUUAAACCACCACGUCAUUCUUUGGUUAGUCUAUUUAGUCAGCUUAACUAUUUAGCUUUUACUGAAUAACGAAACACCGAAAAAUAUUAUUAUUUUGGGGCAAAGGAGAGAGUGGUGAUAUUUGUGUGUGUCUGCGUGUUGGCUGGGGGGCUGAAGGGCCCAACCAAUUCAAAAUGUGUUCCACGGUCCAUGGUUGCCACGAGUACUUUGUGGAAAUGAAAUAAAUAUUGAGAAUCUUAACUUAUAACCUCAAUAUAUGAAUUCAUUGCCACACCUUAUUUAAAGAAUAACCACCAUUACCUUAGCAGCUCCAUACCAGAGUAACGCUGUAUAGAGUAUUGGGUUUUUAUUCCCUCUUUGUUACCCAUUCAGUCAUCUGUACUCUUCUGCAUUUUCGUAUUGCAGUUGUAUCAUAAGUUUUUUCUGUCUCACUCUCUUUUUAAAAAAAUAUCUACUAGAUGGUACUGCUUUGUCAAAAAAGUUAAAUUAAUGAAAGAUUUUUAGCUUUACUACUGAUUGACCCUCUUCUAUUAGACAAUCAACGAAAGGACUGCUGCAUUGCUUUGGAACGUGUGCUACUGUUUUGCACUAUAACUUUUCAAUAUGUGAUAGAGUGAUAGCAGUAUGGACUCUCUCAGUGACUACUAGCCCGUAGGGCAAAACCAGACUGGUACGCACUGGAAAGACAAACUUCCAGCUGAUGUCUUUAUAAGCAUACACUUUAUUUGAUUCAUUCUGUAUGUAAAUAAUAGAGCUCUCGUUUUGAUAUGUAUAUGAAAAUUAGACGUGGAACGGUAUGAAUAAUUUAAUAAUUUGUCUGUCCUUUAAGUAGUAUGCUACUGUUUUAAGAACCAUAUCCAGAUGAGAUGUGCCUGGAAUUAUUCCAUGUGAAUGUAUGUAGAUCAAUAACGGUGUGAUUGCACAUUAGCAUCGUCUUCUCUUAUACAGGCAAAUCCACACAUCUUCACUGGAAAGUAUUUAGUCAUUCUUGAUCACGUUGAAGUACUUUGCCAAGUCAGCUUUGCCCGAUAAUUACAGUACAAACUUUUUUAUUGAUCAAGAUUAAAGAAGCAUCAGACUAUUUGUUUUUUAAAAUAUAUAUUUUGGUCCUCUUCAGUACUGAAUGCUUCAUGCUAAGUAUAUUUGCUUCAUGCAAAUAUACUUAGCAUGAAGCAUUUUUUUUUUUAGCUCUGUUUAUGUUGGUUGCUGUUCUGUGCUGCUAGUAAACAAACCCCUCAUUUUCAAUAGUAUUUUUAACAGAGUGUGUACAGAUGCUGACCUGAGUCCACAUAGCAGAGUGUGGUCUUUAAAAAUGAGUAAUAGUUGGUUUACAUUCUGCUCCACAUUCACCAAUAGCUCUGUGUGUGUGUAUAUAUAUACGCUGCUCUGCGCCCUCGCGCUCUGUUAAACAUGCUGUUUAAAUGCCAUAAGAUGUUUAAUCAUGUUAAUUGUAUUGUAGAAAAAUGCAGUAGUCCCUCAUCUUUAUAUUUUCAACAAGCACAGUUUGCAGUCUGGGUUGCCUUUAGUGCCUUGAUGUGAAAUACAACCAGAUCACUGUAUUUCAGUAAGACCAUUACAUAUAGUAUCAGAUGUUGCAUACAUCUAAGUAAAUGAGCAGGGAAUCGGACCACCAUACCAGUAUCAGUGCAUCCCUAACCAAGGCAAUUGGACUUCAGUGAGUUUUAAAUUUCAGAUAAAGGUUUUGAGGCAGCAUGGUGGUGUAGUGGUUAGCACCGUUGCCUCACAGCAAGAAGGUUCUGGGUUCAAGCCCAGCAGCCAACGGGUGCCUUUCCGUGUGGAGUUUGCAUGUUGUCUCCGUGGGUUUCCCCCACAGUCGAGAGACAUGCAGGUUAGGCUAAAUUGACUGUAGGUGUGAAUGGUUGUUUGUCUCCAUGUGUCAGCCCUGCGAGGAUCUGGCCUCUCGUCCAUAGUCAGCUGGGAUAGGCUCCAGCUUGCCCAGAACCCUGCACAGGAUAAGCGGCUACAGAUAACGGAUGAAGGUUUUGAGCACAUUUUGGUCUCUGUUAGAUUUGUGCAAUAAUAUUGUACAAGCUGUAGAUAUAAAACAGAUUUGCUUGAUGCAAUGAUGAAUAAAUGUUUUCACAUCACAUGAAUGCUUGAUAGUGAAUUUUUUAAAUGUUUAUUUAAACACUGGAGAGUCUCUGUCCAGUGUUAAAUAAAAAAAAAAUCUUUAUUUUUAUGAUUAUGGCUUAUAGCUCAUGACAAUCAGAAAUCCAGGAUCUUAAAGGAUUUACAAUAUACAGAAGUGUCCAACUUCUGAAAAGUACGUUCAUUUAUACACAAUACUUGGUUGGGGCUCCUUUACCAUGAAUUAUUGCAUCAAUGUGGCAUGGCAUGGAGAUAAUCAGCCUGUGGCACUGCUGAGGUGUUAUUGAAGCCCAGGUUGCUUUGAUAGCAGACUUCAGCUCGUCUGUAUUUUUGGGUCGGGUGUUUCUCAUCUUCCUCUUGACAAUACCCCAGAGAUUCUCUAUGGGGUUCAGGUCAGGCAAGGUGGCUGGCCAGCCAAGCACAGUAAUAUGGUCAGCAAACCAUGUGGUAGUAGUUUUGGCACUGUGGGCAAAUGCCAAGUCCUGAUGGAAAAGGAAAUCGGCAUUUCCAUAAAGCUGAUCAGCAGAUGGAAGCACGAAGUGCUAUAAAAAUCUUGUUAGACAGCUGCGUUGACUUUGGACUUGAUAAAAACACAGUGGACCAACACCAGCAGAUGGCACGGCACCCCAAAUCACAGAUUGCGGAAACUUCAUACUGGACUUCAAACCCUUUGGAUUCUGUGCCUCUCCACUCUUCCUCCAGACUCAAAGACCUUGAUUUCCAAAUGAAAUAGGAAAUUUACUUUCACCUGAAAAGAUGACUUUGGACCACUGAGCAACAGUCCAAUUCUUUCUCUCUUUAGCCCAGGGAAGAUGCUUCUGAUGUUGUCUCUAGUUCAGGAGUGGCUUGAUCUUAGGAACGCGAGUUGUGAAACUCCUUGUGAAACUUUCCAGAGUUCUUGAAUCGACUUUUUUUGACAAUCCGCUCAAGGCUGUGGUCAUCCCUGUUGCUUGUGCACCUCUUCCAGCCAGCUUUUUCAGCAAUGACCUUCUGUAAAGGGUGUCGAUGAUUGUCUUCUGGACAAGUGUCAAGUCAGCAGUCUUCCCCAUGAUUAUGGUUACAUGUACUGAACUGGACCAAGAUAUACAUGGUAUUUAUACUGUUUUACUGAAACUCAAAAGGGAAUAUUUUGAGAUUUUAAACAUUUAAUUUACAUGUAAUGAGUAUAUAUUAGGGCGGCACGGUGGUGUAGUGGUUAGCGCUGUCACCUCACGGCAAGAAGGUCCGGGUUCGAGCCCCGUGGCCGACGAGGGCCUUUCUGUGCGCAGUUUGCAUGUUCUCCCCGUGUCCGCGUGGGUUUCCUCCGGAUGCUCCGGUUUCCAAAGACAUGCAGGUUAGGUUAACUGGUGACUCCAAAUUGACCGUAGGUGUGAAUGUGAAUGGUUGUCUGUGUCUACGUGUCAGCCCUGUGAUGACCUGGCGACUUGUCCAGGGUGUUCAGUGACCGUUGGUUGGUUUUCAGCCAGACUGCUAAACCCUCCACUAUGAUGUCUACAAUGUUUAAAAUAAACAAACCCACAGCAACAA